AACACAUGCAGCCAGUGCCUGGGCUCUAUCAGAGAAACUGCUCAUCUGGAAAUCUGAAAGAAGUGCAUAAUCCUACUUCAUGUGGUACUUGACAUAUUUUCUUAUUUUGGUGAUCGCAGAGAGUUCAUCUGCUGAAGAUUGCCGAGUUCGAUCAUGGACUCCAUGGUCACUAUGUCCUGUAAGUUGUGGCCACGGACAGCAACGACGAUUUAGAAUUUACAGGGAAAUGACAGAAAAUGGACCGAAGUGUAAAGUUGAUGAAGAAGCAAAACGUUGUUUGAAAAAUCCAUGUCAAGCACCCAAAAAUGCACAAUGUCCUACUCCUUGGAAACAGUGGUCUGAUUGUUCAGUGUCAUGUGGCAACGGUACACGAAUACGAUUCAGAAAUCUAUUCGGACAGCCAUCAAGAACCUGCUUCAUAGUUCCUGAUAUUGGUAAAUGUGCAAAAGAACAAUGUGCAACUAAACCAUCAACUAGCACAAAAUGCUAUACUUUUAAGGAUCUCGUAGCAGCGGCAGCAGUACCUGAAAAACUGUAUAUACCAGAAGACAUCAGUAAUUAUCUAUGUGCAAACCUAUCUUACACCAUAAUAUCACCAGUAUCAUUUGGUGUCCUGUUACAAGUGUCGCUCAGUGACCAUUGGCAAAAUCAAAACUCCUCAAUUGAAAUUAUAGAUCAAAUCUCAGAAAUCUCAGAAACCUCAGCAACACCUCAGACUGUCUUGUAUAAGGGAGAAAUUGUGGCUGGUCGAUACCAGACCAAGUCCAAUAAAAUGUUGGUCUUAAUCCUGACACAAAAUGCUUCUCAGCUUUUUAGCAUCACACUGUGGUAUCAAUCAUAUACAACCAACAGUAAUGGGCACACUUUUCCAGGAUGUUCUAGUCAAUGUUAUGAGCAUGUAACCACACAGCCCAGUGGUACAACAGGAAUCAUGUCUCUACCACUAGAAAGACAACAUCAAUGUCUCAUCAAGGUGUGGAUUUUGAAGCCAAUUCUGUCUGAUCUACUGCCUACAUUGACUGGUACAACUAAACGUAGUUUGCAAGUCACGUUUCCACAGGUCACUCUGCCAGCCACUGACAAAAUUGAAGUUCGAGAUGGAAACAAUGAAGACUCACCUCUCAUCUACAAAGGUAACAUUCUUCCUGUUCAAUUGUUCACAUCUAGUCCAAGUGUACGAUUGACACUGUAUAUGUGUAACACCACCCUUUAUCAUCAUCUGCAAAUUUCAUAUCAAAGUGUCAUCAAGCAAAAGUCUAAAGUUGAAGUUUUGGAACCUCCAACAGACAAGUCACCUACCAAAACAGUACCAGUAUCCAACACAGCAAUGCCUGAAGAUUCUGUGCAAGUUGACUCUGUCUUGGACAGCACUAGCAGCACUACUACAGUAUAUGAGAGAACACAUGAUCCUACAUUUGUGCCAGCUACUCAGAAAAUUUCUUCUUCAUCUGCUCCACACCCAGUGAACUGCUCAUACAUGCAGAUUCCAAAAUACCUUCAACCACAACCAUUGCCUAAGACAAACUUCUACACUGUCAACAGUAAUGUGACUGUCACUUGUAGUCAACCUAAGACAAAUAUUGAAGGACAAAACAAGUUUUUCUGCUCUCCAGAAGGCAUGUGGUUGCCUUCCGAGUGGCCCAAGUGUGUCCCUAAAACACCCAAAAAGAUUUGCGCUGGUCCUCCAUCAGUAGAGAAUGCCUAUUUCAUAAACAAAUCAUAUCGUGUUGGACAAACUGUCACUUACGUGUGCAAAACCAAAUACAUAAUGAAUGGGAAUGACACACUACUAUGUGUAGACAAAGGAAAUCGUAUGGGUGAGUGGAAUAUGCCACCUCCCAAAUGUGAAGUAAUAGCAGUACAUUGUAGAGAAACUGAAUGGAGCGAAUGGUCACCUUGCUCAUCUCAAUGUGGACGAGGAACGCAACAUCGUUCACGGAUUACAAUUCUAGGUAAUAAUGCAGAAAACUGCAAAGCAGACCAAGCAACAAGAGACUGCCCUGUUGUUAAACCAUGUCCAACACCUCAAGUUUUCUGGCCAUGUGGAGGCAGAAUCAAGCAAUCAAGGGGACAGUUUUCAUCACCUGGAUAUCCACAUAGAUAUCUGAGCAACCAGGAGUGCAUAUGGACUAUCAAAGCUCCUUUAGGAUAUAGGAUUCAUUUGCGUUUCACUGUUAUCAGAACGGAAAAAACGUUUGACAUAGUGGAGGUUAGGGAUGGUGCUUACAAGAAUUCCUACUUGCUUGGAGAGUUCUCUGGCAUGUCCAAUAAAACCAAAAUGAAAAGCACUGGCAACGAGCUGUAUAUUCGGUUCAAAACAGACGGCACACAUGAACUACAAGGAUUUACAGCAACAUUCACAUCCUCAGUUAAACAACGAAAGGUCGAAAUUUGUGGCAGAUAUUUAGUGGGAUCAUCACAAAUCCAGAAAUUGUCUUCACCACAAGUUCCUUCAAAUGGAAUCAACUGUGAAUGGAUAAUCUUGACGAGCAGACAGGAUUGCUGUAGCAAAUCAGCAGUGUUAAGACUGAACAUUACUAUGUUUAAUUUAGAACAGAAACAAAGUGUCCUGGAAAUCAGAGAUGGAGCUACCAAACAGUCUCCUUUGAUUGAGUUCUUCACAGGUGAAACACCAUACAAUAAUCAGCCACUUGAUCUUCGCAGUUGUCAAGCUUACAUGCACUACUGGUCAAUUAAAACAAACAAACCACACCAGGAAGCCUCUAACAGAUUCUCUCUAACUCAUCAAAUAGUAGUUAACUCAUGAAAUUAUCAACAAUUAUGCUGUUAGAACAGUUUAGUAAUAAA